GCCCCCGCCUCCCUCCUCACAAUUGCCGGUCUCAGGGACUUGUGUCGUCUGCUCCUGUCCACUUGUAAUAUUAGCUCGUCUUCUCAAUCUCCGGCCGUUAGACCGUCGUCAAGGGAAGACAGGCCGUUCUUUAGCUUGCCGCUAUCUAGCUGCCGCAUGGCGCUGGAGGCCGUGGUGUACGCGCAAGGCCUUUUCGGCUACGGCGCAGGCAGGGACUCGCCCUACGCGCUCGCCCCGUGGUGCGACGCGGUGGGCGCCGCCGCCGCCGGUCCCGGUGACCUCUUCGCGGACUGGGACGUGGUGCCUAAUGCAGAGGAUCAGUGGGAGCCUGUCUCCAGCUGGGACCUCUCGGAAGCUUCCACGGAGAGCAAGGCGGCGGCGGCGGGGCCGGAGCCCGCGGCUGCCGCGGGGAGGAGGAAGCGGCGGCGCACCAAGAUCGUCAAGAACAAGGAGGAGGUGGAGAGCCAGCGGAGGACUCACAUUGCUGUCGAGCGCAACCGCCGCCGCCAGAUGAACGACUACCUCGCCGCGCUCCGAUCCCUCAUGCCCUCGUCAUACGCUCAAAGGGGCGACCAAGCAUCCAUCGUUGGAGGAGCAAUCAACUACGUGAAGGAGCUCGAACAGCUCCUCCAAUCACUCGAAGUCCAAAAGAGCGUCAAGAACCGCAGCGGAAGCACGGACGACGGCCGAUCCCCUUUUGCCAGCUUCUUCACAUUCCCACAGUACUCCACUUCGUGCAACAACAUCGACGCUCCCACUGCCAGCGACGGCAGCUCCGCGAGCAACGUGGUCAAGAGCGAGACAGCCGUGGCUGACAUCGAGGUGACCAUGGUGGAAGGCCACGCGAGCCUCAAGGUGCUCGCCCCGCGGCGGCCGAAGCAGCUCCAGAAGCUCAUCGCCGGGAUGCAGCAACUGCGCAUCCCGCCGCUACACCUCAACGUGACCUCCGUCGACGCCAUGGUCCUCUACUCUUUCAGCCUCAAGGUGGAGGAUGGCUCCAAGCUGAGCUCUGUGGAAGACAUUGCGGCCGCCGUGCACGAGAUCCUUGGCAGGAUACAGCGGGAGGGGGAGGAGGAGGCCAUGGGCGGUCGUCUGAGCAGCUCGAGCUAGCUGAUGGCUGAUGGCUGAUGGCCGAUGCCACCGAGGAGAGCGCCGUGCGUGCAUGUGAGCGCGCGCGCUGCGGCGCAUGUCGUGUUCCUGCCAUGGAAUCCAUUCUAUUCUACUGCUACUAGCAUCGUACUGUAAGUGACACUGUGAAUGUGAUUGUACCCUGCAUGCAAACCCCCUUGUCCGCUGCGAAGGGCGAAAAGGAAGGACAAGAUAGCUAUAGCUGCUAGCUCUAUAUCAAAAACUGGCGCGCGCUCUGUAUGCUGGCUCUGAUCACUUACUUUAGGAGCCAGUACAGUACGUGCGUACUUGUAGAUUCAUUGAUUCACGGAUUUUACUUUACAUGCAUUCAUGCAGCAGCUGAUGUGUGUGUCUCGAUCGAA